AUGGCAGAGAGAAACCCAGUGUUUGUAAAUCUAUCAUCGGGUAGUGACGGCGGCAACGGGAAGCUCCGGUUUCCAUUGGUAGCUACUCUCUUGGCCACUGUGCUCGUUACUACCAUCGUGGUGGAUAUUCUGGGCAAUCUUCUUGUAAUCAUCUCGGUAUUCAGGAAUAAAAAACUCAGAAAGGCAGGAAACGCCUUUGUGGUCAGUUUGGCUAUUGCAGACCUGGUGGUGGCCAUUUAUCCAUACCCUCUAGCUGUGACUGCAAUAAUUCAUGAUGGUUGGGACUUGAGUUACAUCCAUUGUCAAAUCAGUGGCUUCCUGAUGGGUCUGAGCGUCAUUGCCUCAAUCUUUAACAUAACAGGCAUUGCAAUUAACCGUUACUGCUACAUCUGCCACAGUGUAAAGUAUGACAAACUCUUCUCCAACAAGAAUACAGUCUGCUAUGUUGUCCUGGUCUGGGUCCUUACCGUUCUGGCAAUUGUACCUAACUUCUUUGUGGAGUCCUUACAGUAUGACCCUCGUGUCUACUCCUGUACAUUUGCACAAUCUGUUAGUUCAUUGUACACUAUCACUGUGGUGGUAGUCCACUUUAUUUUGCCAAUCAGCAUUGUAUCUUACUGCUACCUGCGAAUCUGGAUCCUUGUAAUUCAUGUCAGGAAGCGCGUGAAGCCAGAAAACCGUCCCAAAAUGAAGCCCCAAGACUUCAGGAACUUUUUGACUAUGUUUGUGGUGUUUGUCCUUUUUGCUGUUUGUUGGGCACCGCUGAAUCUUAUAGGCCUGGCUGUAGCAGUAAAUCCGAACCUGGGGAUUGCAGUUCCAGAAUGGCUUUUCACAGCAAGCUACUUCAUGGCCUAUUUCAACAGUUGCCUCAAUGCUGUGAUUUAUGGAGUUCUGAAUCAUAACUUCCGAAAGGAAUACAAACAAAUCGUGACAUCUGUUUUUAAGUUGCCUUUUUGAACAGAAAUGUUUUUUGACUUCUUCUGUCAAAAUGAAGAAAUGGUGUAUUUUUUAGUUAAUUCAGUUGUUUAAUUAUCAUGCAUGUUGUAACAAAUAUAUUCAUAUAUUUUAACAAUUUCAUUUUUAUGUGAGUAUAUAA